AUGUUUAAAUUAUUUAAAAAAAAAGAAGUACCAAAUAAUAAUAAUAAUAAUAAUAAUAAUAAUAAUAAUAAUAAUAAUAAUAAUAAUAAUACAAAUAAUAAUAAUGAAAAUAAAAUUUUAACACCAAGAAUUAAUGGUGCAGAUCAAUCAUCAACAACAACAACAAUUACAAAUAUUCAGACUAGUGGUGAAAAGAAAUUAAAAACUAAAUUAUCAAAGAGUGAAUUAACAAAGAGUGAUAGUACAACAAGUAGUUUAGCAAAUAGUCCAAGAAGUGAAAAAGCGGAAAUGGGUAUUAGAGAUAUUCCAUAUGAUCUUUUGGGUAAAUUAUUGGCGUUAAUUCAUGGUAAUCGUAUAUUGACCAAAGAAUUUAUGUCAACAAGUUUAGUAUGUAGAAAAUGGAGAGCAUUGGCACGUCUUAAUGGUAAUCAUUUCAAUUUGGAAUCAUUUUUUAAAAAGGUAGAAGCAAGUAAAAUGAGAGUUGAAACCAUUGAAAGCUGUAUCAAUUAUUUCACCUACAUUUACCAAGCAUUGGAAAUCAUUGAUAUUGGUAAACUUUGUAUAAAUAAUAGAAUCUAUUCAAAAUAUUCAAUCUUUUUAAUUGAAUCAUUGGAUAAAAUCACCAAACUCUCAUUGGAUAUGUCAAAAGUUACAUUGUCAGAGUUUGAAGUAUUAGCAUCAAGUUUAAAAUCAUUGAAAGCAACCAAAGAUGUAACCAUUCAUUGUAUGACACAUCAUUAUUGUAAUGCAAUGAUAUCCGUAUUCGAAUCGUUACCAGAGUUGGAGAGUUUAAAGUUUACAGAGAUGACAUUUGAAAAUUCAAAUGAAGAUCAUGAUCUAUUCGUACAAUAUUUGAAAAAGAAUAAUACAAUACAGAAGUUAUCAAUAACUUUAUUACCUGACAAUACAAGAUUCUUAAAUUCAAUUAAAACGAUUAUGGGUUCAAAUAGAUCAAUCAACUCUUUACAACUUACUCAAAGUAUUAAAAGACCAUCAUUAACUUCAUCACCUUCUUCAAAUAAUGUACAUAUUCCACCAAGCUCUUCAAAUUCAUCCUCUGCUGCUGCAAUUUCAACAUCACCAUCAUCAUUUUCAAAUACACAAUUCAAUAGUGUUUUACAAACUUCUUAUUCAAUUUCAAAGUUUAAUUAUUCUCAUGAUAGUUUAAAGGAAUUAAAUCUAUCAAAUAUGUCAAUGAAUGAUACAGAUAUGAUGGAAUUGGCAGAGAAUGUUUUACAAAAUAAUCAAUCAUUGAAAUCAUUAGAUAUUAGUUAUAAUAAAAAAGUAUCCUCUGCUACAAUGGAACAAUUCCUAAGAAUUAUGUGUGCAAAUACUGAUAUGAAAUUAGAAUUUUUAAAUAUUAGUGGUUUAUCAAUUAAUGAUCAAUGUAUAAGUUUGGUUGGUGAUUAUCUUCAAACCAAUCCUUACCUAAAGGAAAUCUAUAUUAAUGAUAGUGUUGAACAAUAUUGGUCAGAUGGAUUUAGAAACUUUUCAAAUAAACUUUCAAAUCGUCCAGCUUUAAAAACUUUAUACCUAAAUAGAAAUCGUAUUGAAACUAAAUGUUUCGAUGAUUUAGCUCAUGCAAUUUCAAAUAAUAGUUCAAAUGUUAGAUAUUUGGGAUUAAGUGGUACUUUAAAUAAUGCUCAAAGUUUACAUUUAAUUUGUAAUUCUUUAGGUUCAAAUUCAAAUUUAGUUUCAUUGGAUAUUUCAAAUUGUGAAGUUUGUUUCUGUCCUUCUCUAACAGAUUCAUUAUUAAAGAAUCGUUAUUUAGCAAAAUUAAAUGUAAACAAUUGUAAAUUAAAUCAAAAAACUCUAUUGGGUAUGGCAAAUAGUAAUCUAUCCAUUCUUGAUAUUGGUUCAAAUAAUUUCACUUCAGGUGAUACACUUCAAGAGUUUUUCGAAUCUUUAAAAUCAAAUCAAUCACUUUACGUUUUAAAUCUUUCAAAUACAGGUUUAAAAACUAAAGAAUGUCAAGUCCUUUCAAGUCUUUUAGAUUUAAAUUCAAAAAUACACUCGGUUGAUAUCUCUCAUAAUAAAAUUAAAUCCUCUGAUAUUCAAUGUAUCGUCAAAUGUAUUCAAUGUAAAAAUUUACCUCCUUCAACAAAAUUCACUUUGAAAUUAAAUGAUACUAAAAUAGAUUUAUUAAAAAUUUCUAAUGAUUUAUUAAAUAGUCAAAUUUCUGUUGAUUAA